AUGGCGAGAAGAGUCCUGCCCGCGGCGCUGCUGUUCCCGCGCGCCGCCCUCGCCCUCCUUGCGGCGGCGGCGGCUCAAGCCGCGACCGGUGACGCCCGGCUGGCUCCCGCGUCCGACGGACUCCCCGGUGUGGGCAUGGUUCUGGGCGCCGUGAUGGCAGUAGUGCCGCCAGAAUCCAACUCAUUCAUUGUCUUCACUGAUGGCACUGAUACCAACAGCAUCGAGGACGCAGUUGGUCUCCCCAGCGUUGCAGUCAUGGAGCUGUUGUCUGAUCGGGAGUUCAACGCCACCAUGAAGCUUUUAAUUAGCCAUGCGCGCAAGUGCAACCUGUUAGCACGUAUCCGCCCCCGCAAGCAGGUCCGAAAGUCGUUCCGGGGAGUCACAGUGAUCGUGGUGAGCCAAGACCUGGAAUUCCUCAGCGCCUUCGCCGAGCUGGCUGACGCAGGGCGCCUGGCGGUGUGGGAGAACAGGGUCCUCGUGGUGACGAGACUCGAGAGGCAGCAAUUCCUGGGACUCAUGAAGGACCUCUGGCUCUUCUCCAUGCUGAACACUAUGCUCGUUAACAUGGACGAUGCUACAGGCGAUAUGAGGUAUGGUUUAUAUAGUCAUUUCAAGUACGGUCCAGGUGGUGCCCAGACGGUGCGCGUUGCCACCUGGACGCCAAGGAGAGGUAUGGUGUUCCUCACUCAGCAUCCUCUCUUCCCGGAAAAGUAUAACAACUUCCACGGCGCGGCCCUCCCCAUCGCCAUCUGGCCCUUCGAGCCCGUUAUGAUGGAAGAGAAGGUGGUGGCGCCCAACGGCACGGAGUAUACCAGGCUGUACGGCCGCGGCAUUCGCAUCCUGGAGGCCAUCGCCGGCCACCUCAACUUUGCCAUUGGUGAGGCACUGCCCGCUAAGAUUAGUAAAGACAGGAUGGACCAUGUGCUGUACCGUCGAGCAUUAAUCAGUCCGCAGAAGCUGGCUCUCCUGCCGCACCUGGCUAUGCAUUACGACUACACCUUCAUGAUCGAGGAAGCCACGCUCACAUUCUGCAUGGCCAAGCCCGAGCUGAAGCCCCGAUGGCAGAACCUCUACUACCCCCUUGGAGAAAGAGUGUGGGCCUCCGUCAUGGCUCUGCUUGUUAUAGUGCCAGCGACGUUUUUCUUGCUGACCAAAUCUCGGUUGCGAGGCGAAAUGAAAGAGAGGUUCAGCCCCCUUGUAGCGACGGAGCAGGUACUCGGAACUCUGCUCGGCCAAAACUUCUCGCUCCAGCUCCCUACCAUGUCCUCGACUCGCAUCCUGGUGGCCUCUUGGUUGGUCGUCGCCUUCGUCCUGGGCUCGGCCUACCGCGGCAACCUCACCGCCUUCCUCACAAUCCCAAAAUAUCCCCCGCGGGUCGAAAGUCUCAGGGACCUCCUCCAGACCUCCGCUAGAGCGAUAAUGUCUCAAGAUCUUAAAAUCAACUUUUACACAACAUUCAAGGAGUCGAACUCAAGCAUGUCUGUGGAACUUGCUGAGCGAACGUAUUUUUCACAGACGCAUAUUGGAGGCAUGCAGCAAGCCCUUCAGAAAAAACAUGCGUUCGUUUUCGAACGGCUUUUCCUGAAUCUGAUGAUCAUCAGGAACUUCACCAACUUUGACGGAUCCACAUCGAUGUACGUGGUGAGGGAAAACCUUGUUCCCGGCUACUCCGCUUGGCUCCUGUACCGAGACAACCCCUUCAAGCGGAAUUUGGACUGGUGUAUCUUGGCCUUCCAUGAGCCAACGUCACCCCCACCCCCUCUGUGCCCCAAGUCUGGCCUGAUCCGGCGCUGGAGUGAGGAGGUGCUGGACGAAGAGAAGAAGCGAUACCACAAAAUCCGCCAGCAGGAGAAGCAGCAGACGGAGGCAGCAGGGACGGUCCAGGAAAAGGAGACCCAGAGCGGAGACUUGCAGCCGCUCUCGCUUCUUCACCUCCAGGGCACUCUCUUCGUCCUCGUGGCAGGGCUCUUGACCGGCGUCCUCGUGUUUCUGGCGGAGAAGCUGCUGCCCUCGGCGGAGUCAGCCGGCGGGGGGGAGUCGGGCAAGCCUUCGGAGUCGGGCAAGCCUUCGGAGUCGGGCAAGCCUUCGGCCUCGGCUCCGUGA